CAGUCUCACAGAUUUCACAACGAAAGUUAAUAAAAUGAUGUUUCAAAGUGUUCCAGACAACAGAAAUUCUAACGCAGAAGCAAGAAGAGUCAACAGACCAGAAUUGUACGAGGAGGUUAAGUUGUACAAUAACAGGCAUGAGCGAGAAAAAUAUGAUAAUUUGGCAGACCUUUUUGCUGUCAUAAAUACACUACAAGCUUUGGAGAAAGCAUACAUCAAGGAUGCCCUAACACCCAAAGAAUACACAGCUGCUUGUUCAAAGUUGCUGGUGCAAUACAAAGCAGCAUUUAAACAAGUUCAAAAUGAUGAAUUUCCCACAAUAGAAAGUUUUUUGGAUAGAUACAAGUUGAAUUGCCCUGCAGCAUUAGAGCGUAUCAAAGAAGACAGGCCAAUCACAAUUCGAGAUGAUAAAGGAAAUACCAGCAAAUGUAUUGCUGACAUUGUAAUGCUUUUUAUAACUGCGAUGGACAAAUUACGUUUGGGAAUAAGAGCUACAGACGAGAUCCAUCCUGAUUUGAGAGAUCUAAUUGACACAAUGAACAGUCUGAGCAAGUUGGAUGAAAACUUUGAGGGAAAAAUUAAAGUAAAAAAUUGGUUGGAAACCUUGGGAGGGAUGAAAGCAAGCGAUGAACUGUCGGACGAUCAAGCACGACAAAUGCUGUUUGAUUUAGAAACAGCAUACAAUCUUUUCAAUAAAUCUUUACACUAAAAUAUAUCAGGAUAUAAAGAUAUUUACGUGUUCAUACUCAGGAGAUUUGUACAUUUUAGCGCGUUCAAUAGUGGAUAAACAUUGGACCACUUAUUUCCAUUAAUCUAUUUUUCACUUUUGAAAUUCGACAAUUGAAUUUUGAAUUUAUUUAAAGAUAUAGAACUUGAUCAAAAGUUAUACAAACGACCAUGGGAGUUAAAUAAUGGAGGAAUGAAAUAAAUACAUGGCACCUUUUGUUGUUGGUUUAGAAAACUGUUUUGAAAGACAGGUUGUUGACGAUAUAUUUAUAGCAAAAAUGGAUUUCAGUUAAAAUGAUAAUGAAUAAAUUUGUGAGAAAUCUCGA